AUGCACGAACCGCCGAAAGGCGCUGUGUAUGCGAUCUACUAUCCGGUGUUGGCCGCGGUUGGUGUCCCAGUUAACAUUAUAGCCAUGGUGAUCCUGUCGCGGGGGAGGUGCGGUCUAUCCAAGUGUAUCACUCUCUACCUGGUUGCCAUGGCGGCGUCGGAUUUGAUGGUUCUCAUCACCGCCGUCAUUCUACAACGCAUCGUCGGCAUCUACUUUCCCGGGAGUUACCUGUCGCUCACCUGGGCCUGCCGCUUCAAGUCCCCAAUCGCUUAUGCAUGCAGAGACUCCUCCGUCUGGCUCACCGUCGCCUUCACCUUCGAUCGUUUUGUGGCCAUUUGUUGUCGCAACUUUCAACGCAAGUACUGCACCAAAGAGACGGCAGCGCCCGUCGUCGCCGCCAUUGUAGUUUUGAGCUUUUUUAAGAAUUUCUCCUUUUUUUUCCUUUUCGAACCGCUGUACAUCGCAGACAACCUCGCUUGGUAUUGCCGAUUAAUCCCAAGCUUUUAUACCUCGCCGUGGUGGCGAGCUUACUCAUACUUUAAUCACAUCACCACACCCCUAGUACCGUUCGCGCUUAUAUUGUUGCUGAAUGUUCUGACCGUCAAACACAUCGUCGCCGCCGGCAGAGUCCGGAAGUCAUUGCGGGAUAACUCUCUCCCCGGGAAAGGUCCUGACCCCGAGAUGGAGAACCGCAAGAAGUCGAUCGUUUUACUAUUCAGCAUUUCGGGCAACGUCAUCUUGCUGUGGAUGACGUACAUCAUUCACUAUUUGUACUCUCGAAUGACUGAAACUUAUAAGUACUCCGGAUACAAUGACCCGGUGUUUAUUCUUGCCGAAGCGGGCAAUAUGCUUCUGCUUCUCAGUUGCUGCACCAACACAUUUAUUUAUACAGUGACCCAGAGUAAAUUCAGAGAUCAGCUGAAGACAAUGUUAACUUACCCGUUCACCCAGUUUGCUAAAUUAACUUAG